GAAAAACACUGUACUGCAGCAGCAGAUCUUCCCCAGAGUUCAAUCAUGUCAGCUUCCAUGUUCAUAAUCCUCAUACCAAUUAUACUCUCCUUCUUCUUCUAUCCUAUAUUUCUUGAAGCACAGACUGGGCUUCUUCCUCAAGAUGAAUUAAAUGCACUUAAGGAAAUAGGUGAUCAACUGGGGAAGAAGGAUUGGGAUUUUAAACUAAAUCCUUGCGACAACAACUCGAACUGGAUGACACCACAAAGGAAAGAUAUGCCUGCCUACAAUAACACUCUCACUUGCAAUUGUAGCUUCCCUGCUGGUAUUUGCCAUGUUCAAACCAUAAUUUUGAAUGGACAGGAUCUGCAAGGUGUGCUUCCUCCUGCCUUGGUGAAGUUACCCUUUCUUAAGAUAAUUGAUCUCAACCGCAACUACUUAAAUGGUACAAUUCCCCCUGAAUGGGCUUCUACCAAAUUGGAAUACCUAUCUCUUACUGUGAAUCGAUUGUCUGGGCCAAUUCCGAAAUACUUGGGAAAUAUAACAACUCUUGUAUAUUUGAACUUGGAGAACAACUUGUUCAAUGGAACUGUUCCUCCUGAGCUUGGGAAACUCGCGAACCUACAGAAUCUCAUCGUCGGUGAUAAUGAUCUCACAGGUGAAUUGCCAAAAGAACUUAAUGCUCUCACCAAAUUGACAGAGCUUAGGCUCAGCAGGAAUAACUUCACUGGGAAAAUGCCUAGCUUUCAAGGUUUUAAAGACCUUCAACAACUAGAGGUUCAAGCAAGUGGCUUUGAAGGACCCAUACCUGAAAACAUUUCUGCAUUGACAAGCUUGAUACAACUUAGAAUCAGUGACCUAAAUGGAGGUGUCUCCAGAUUUCCUACAUUACAGAAAAUGGCAAACAUGACAGAUUUGAUGUUGAGGAGGUGUAAUAUUUCUGGGCAGAUACCUGAUAUAGCUCAUAUGACAAGCUUGCGAGGAUUAGAUUUUAGUUUUAAUAAUCUGGAAGGAGGGAUUGAUUAUCUUCAAGGUCUUGAUAGUUUGCAGUACAUGUAUCUAACAAACAACUCGCUUAGUGGAAAAAUUUCUCAAUGGGUUCUAAAUCGAGAUUCCAGAUAUUACAUAGAUCUUUCUUACAAUAAUUUUGAAGAGAACUCUGUGUCACCAAUUUGCAAUCGGGAAAGCCUAAACUUGUUCAAAACCUAUCAUGAUGUUGGAGAAAAUGAAAAGUGUCUAAAGCAAUGCACGAAAGAUUGGUAUUCAUUUCACAUCAAUUGUGGUGGAGGAAAUGUUUUGAUUGGUGACACUACGUAUGAGGCAGAUGAUGAACAUUCUACUGGCCUUGCGAAAUUUGUUUCCAAUAGAGAGAACUGGUUGACUAGUAAUACAGGGCACUUUUGGGAUAAAGCCAUAGCACUACUCGACUAUACUGCAAAAAAUAUAUCUAUCAUCAAGGGAAACAACUCUGAAAUCUACAAGACAGCUCGCUUAUCUCCUUUAUCUAUGACUUAUUAUGGACGUUGCUUAGGAAAUGGAAACUAUACUGUGAAACUUCAUUUUGCAGAGAUAGUUCUGAGAGAUAACAGAUCUUUUCAAAGUCUUGGAAAGCGCUUAUUUGAUGUUUAUAUACAGGGUGAAAGGAAAUUAAAGGAUUUUAAUAUUGAAACUGAAGCACAAGGAGUUGACAAAGCAUUGGUUAAACAAUUUCGAGCAAUUGUCAGAGAUAAAACUCUCGAGUUACGCUUUGAGUAUGCUGAAAAAGGAUCAACUAUAGUCCCACUUCCAGGAUCAUAUGGUCCUUUAAUAUCUGCCAUUUCUGUGGAAUCUGAUUUCAAACCUCCCAAAAAGAGAAAGACUUUAAUCAUAGUUAUUGCAGUAGCUUCUUCUUUGUUUUCUAUUUUUGCUAUUCUUUGUUUGGCUUGGUGGAAGAUCUAUAAAAACAAGACCUCACUAGAAAAUGAACUACGAGGACUUGAUUUACAAACUAGUCUAUUUACCUUCUCACAAAUUAAAGCUGCUACAGACAACUUUGAUGCUGCAAACAAAAUUGGGGAAGGUGGUUUCGGGCCUGUCUACAAGGGUAUAUUAUUGGAUGGUACAGUUAUUGCUGUGAAACAACUGUCAUCCAAAUCAAGACAAGGAAAUCGUGAAUUUGUGAACGAAAUAAGCUUGAUUUCUUGUUUGAAACACCCUAAUCUUGUGAAACUUUAUGGGUGUUGUGUUGAGGGAAAACAAUUGUUGCUGGUUUAUGAGUACUUGGAAAACAAUAGUCUUGCCCAUGCUCUUUAUGGUCGAGAAGAUUGUCAAUCAAAGAUUGAAUGGCCUACCAGAUAUAGAAUUUGUAUUGGUAUUGCAAGAGGUUUAGCUUUCUUGCACGAAGAAUCAGCAAUAAAAAUUGUACAUAGAGACAUUAAACCAAACAAUGUGUUGCUUGACAAAGAACUCAAUCCAAAAAUUUCUGAUUUUGGUCUGGCUAAACUUAAUGAUGACGAGAAUACACACGUCAGCACGAGAGUUGCUGGGACAACAGGAUACAUGGCUCCUGAAUAUGCACUGUGGGGUUACUUAACAUUCAAAGCUGAUGUCUAUAGUUUUGGAGUUGUGGCACUAGAAAUUGUUUCGGGGAAGAACAACAGGAAGUAUCGUCCUAAUGAGAACUACGUUUGCCUCCUUGAUUGGGCACUUGAUCUUCGACAAAGAGGAAACCUAAUGGAGCUAAUAGAUCCAAGAUUAGGUUCUGAUUUGGACAAAGAAGAAGCACUCAGAAUGAUCAAAGUGGCUUUGCUUUGUACUAAUCCUUCACCAGCCCUUAGGCCAUCCAUGUCUGCAGUAAUAAGCAUGCUUGAAGGCCAUUGUGAUAUUCUUGAGUACAAAUCUGAUCUACACGAAUUCAAUUUUCAAGCCAUGAGAGAUCGUUAUGAGGAAACGUCAGUUAGCUUAAGUGAUUCUCCGUACAAACUAAAUUUUUCUCCAAAUACAAAUUAAUAAUUAAAAAUUAUUACAUAAUCCUUAAGAAAUAUAUUUAAAAAAUUUAUACUUGGUUGUAACAUUAAAUUUUCUUCCUUUCAAAGUUUAGACCCUUGGCUUUGAGCUGAUGACCAAGUAAAUGUAUUAAAAUCUUUUUU